GGAUCAUCUCUCAGCAACUCUCAGCUCUCUCUCCAUUUUAAUACCCACGCUGUUCAGGCAGAUCCCUUCCUUCGACACUUAAUCACAACUUUAAGAAUAUAUAUAAUCAGAAAAUGCGUCUGAUCAAACAGAACAUGGACGAUGCUGCCGCUGCGGAGGCUAUGCGCGGAGGUGCCAUCGGUGCCCUCAAGUACUGCAGUGUUGCCUUGUUCGCCGGGGGCGUCCUCCAGGCCACCUGGCCCAAAUUUGCAGCCGUUCGACCUCCACAAAAGGCAUGGCUGAUGGUCGCAGCGUUCUUGGGAGGAUUUGGCAACGGGUCUGACACAACAUUCACCAAUUUUGAGCGACGGGAUCGGGAAAUGCAGAUCAGAAUCGCAGAGCAAAAGCGUCAUGAUAUCCUCUACGGCGGCGGGGAAGAACAGCGCAAAACUGCGGCUGCCUCCUUGUCAUCGCCAUCACCGCCAUCAUCACCUUCUACAGGGUCUUCUUCUGCACCAACAGCGUAGAUUUGCAACUCUAUAAAUAUAUAUAAUAAACAU